AUGUCUCGUGAAAUCUCUCACCUCAACACCACCAUCCCCUCCCCCUCCAACCCCCUCCUCUUCCUACGGACCAUCCAGCCUUCCGAUGCCUCGGCCUUUUCGUCCAUUCUGUCUUCACCGUCAAACAAGUCCGAUCCUCACGGCAAGGACAUGGACAUCGCAACUGCGGAAUCAAGCAUCUCCCGCAUGAGGGAAUCGGCAAGCAAGCCCACCAUCAUUGACGCGCAAGGAAAUGUCAUGAGCGGACCGAGCCGCGUGAACAUGAUGCUAGUGCUCCAAUCAGAAGACGGAAACGGCGAGACUGUGAUUGGUCUGGGAGGCUUUGGAGCGAUCAAAGACUGGGAGCGAGGCGGGCGGACGAUUCGGGCUGGCGACGUGGGCGCCAUGUUGGAUCCGGCGUAUAAGCGGCAGGGUUACGGCGUGGAAGCGAUGAAGAUGGCGAUCAACUGGGCGUUUUUGCCGGCCGUUGAGGGAGGGCCUCAGCUUGAUUUGGUUACGAUCACGACGCUGGAAGAGAACGGCCCGAUGGUGAAGCUUUUGAAUGACAAGCUUGGGUUGGCGGGGAAGGGGAUAUCGAGACCUGCAGAGUUUGACGCGGACAAGAAUGAGAUAUACUAUGAGCUCUCAAAAGAAGACUGGGGGAGCAUUGGCACCAACUGA